UUGCAGCUGGAAAACCACAUUGUGCGUCUCCGGGAGGAGCUGGACCGGGAACGGGAAGAACGCAACUACUUCCAGCUGGAGCGUGAUAAGAUUCACACCUUCUGGGACAUCACCCGGCGGCAGCUGGAGGAGAAGAGAGCCGAGCUGCGGAACAAGGACCGGGAGAUGGAGGAGGCGGAGGAACGGCAUCAAGUGGAGAUCAAGGUUUACAAGCAGAAAGUGAAGCACCUGUUGUACGAACACCAGGAAAACCUGACCGAGCUGAAGGCAGAGGACACCCUGUCUCUGAAACGGGCCCAGAAGGAUCACUGGGCCCAGGAGAUGAACCUGUGGAAAGACCUGCGCUCCUUGAAGGUGAAGCUGAAGGAGCAGGAGAUGGCCAACGAGGUGGUGGUGAAAGACUUAUGCCUGAAGCAAGAGGAGGAGAUCACCCGGCUGCGCAACGACUUUGAGAGACAGUUGAAAGAAAUGGAGGCCAAAUACACCAAGAAGAUGCAAGUGCUGCGGGAUGAGCUCGACUUGCAGAGGAAGACGGAGAUCCACGAGGUGGAGGAGAGGAAGAACAGCCAGAUCAGCGAGCUGAUGAGGAACCACGAGAAGGCCUUCAAUGACAUCAAGAACUACUACAACGAUAUCACCAUCAAAAACCUGGCCCUCAUCAACUUGCUGAAGGAGCAGAUGGAGGAGAUGAAGAAGAGAGAGAAUCACUUGGAAAAGGAGAAGAUGGAUGUGCUGCUCCAGAACAAGCAGCUGAAGGAGCCCCUGCAGCAGGCCCAGGAGCAGCUGUCGGAGCUGCAGAAGAAGUUGGCCCACUAUGACAAGGACAAGGAAAGCCUGAUG